UUAUCGCUCGAUAUUCCUAAGCAGCCGACAGCCAGAGGAGAGGAUUCCCCCCACCCAAGCCACCCGCGUGAAGUCGGCACUCUCCCCCUCCGUCCCCUUCUCCUAGGUGAACUAGUCUACAAUCCGGUCUUUAUCAACAUGUCUGAGAGCCAGGAAACUGAUAGGAACAUUGAAAUCUGGAAGAUUAAAAAGCUAAUCAAGGCACUGGAGUCUGCUAGAGGCAAUGGCACAAGCAUGAUCUCCCUUAUUAUGCCUCCACGGGAUCAGGUUUCUCGAGUGGCGAAGAUGUUAGGUGACGAGUAUGGUACUGCUUCAAAUAUCAAGAGUAGAGUCAAUCGUCAAUCAGUUUUGGGUGCCAUCACCUCAGCUCAGCAGAGGCUGAAGCUUUAUAACAGAGUUCCUCCCAAUGGUUUGGUUCUCUAUACUGGAACUAUUGUUACUGAUGAUGGAAAGGAAAAGAAAGUUACUAUUGAUUUCGAGCCAUUCAAGCCUAUAAAUGUCUCACUGUAUCUUUGUGAUAACAAGUUCCACACCGAGGCUUUAAAUGAGCUAUUGGAAUCUGAUGACAAGUUUGGCUUCAUUGUUAUGGAUGGUAAUGGCACACUUUUUGGCACGCUAAGUGGAAAUACCCGUGAGGUGCUUCACAAAUUUACUGUUGAUCUCCCGAAGAAGCAUGGUAGAGGAGGACAGUCGGCUCUACGUUUUGCUCGUCUCCGGAUGGAAAAACGUCAUAACUAUGUCCGAAAAACUGCUGAGCUUGCUACUCAGUUUUUCAUUAACCCAGCUACAAGUCAGCCUAAUGUUUCUGGACUAAUUCUUGCUGGUUCUGCCGAUUUCAAGACAGAGCUGAGCCAAUCUGAUAUGUUUGACCAGAGACUUCAAGCCAAGAUACUUAAUGUGGUUGAUGUUUCCUAUGGUGGUGAGAAUGGUUUCAACCAAGCAAUUGAGUUGUCAGCUGAGAUUCUAGCAAAUGUGAAGUUCAUACAGGAGAAGAAGUUAAUUGGCAAGUACUUUGAAGAGAUCAGUCAAGAUACUGGGAAAUAUGUCUUUGGUGUUGAUGACACUCUAAAGGCUCUCGAAAUGGGUGCUGUUGAGACUCUGAUAGUGUGGGAGAAUCUUGAUAUCAACAGAUAUUCGCUGAAGCACAGUGUCUCUGGGGAAGUCAUUGUCAAACAUUUGAACAAGGAGCAGGAAGCGGAUCAGAGCAAUUUCCGCGAUAGUGAGACCAAUGCCGAGUUGGAGGUUCAGGAAAAGAUCUCUUUGUUGGAGUGGUUUGCUAAUGAAUACAAGAAGUUUGGCUGUGCGCUUGAGUUUGUCACUAACAAGUCGCAAGAGGGGUCACAGUUUUGUAGAGGAUUUGGUGGCAUUGGUGGUCUGCUGCGCUAUCAGCUAGACAUCCGGUCUUUCGACGAGGUUUCAGACGAUGAAGGUUUGUAUGAAGACUCUGAUUAGCAAUCAGCUAAUCAAAUGAUUGUGCUGGCCCAUGGAAGGACGCCACAGCUCGGUUUUGAUGAUCUACUUACGCAAGAACACUCCAAAGGCAGCUAUCCAGAAAUUGAGGGGCAUGGGCCAGCCUCAAACUAUGCCGAAGGAUUUCAAGACGAGGUUAUUGAGAUACCGUCAUCAUGGAAGUACCGUGUCUGAGACGAUAACCGGACUAAAAGCUCGUUAUGUUUAGUUGUCUCAACAAUCGUGCUUCUAUUCAGUCGUUGUGUACUGUCGUAUGUCUAUUAUGAUGUCUCUAGGGUUCUAAUUCUAGUGUCUACUUUUAAUAUUCAAUGUGGUGAAGGAAGUCGUAUAAAUAUUGUGUAAUAUAUAGUAGCAGUAGUAUCUUACUCCCGCAGUUUUUGCAACGAAGACAUUGUUUUCCUACAAAUAUUCCUCCUGUCUUGCUGUGUGAUUUAUCUUAUUGGUGCCGUAAGUGUCUCAGUUU